CCGUGCAGUCAGGGGUGCAGUGCCGUAGCUGUGGGUAACCGGAGGAAGGCACUGCUCUCCAAGCUUCAGUUGGCCGGUCUGUAAAAUGGGCUCAUAACGGGGACUCCAGGGAGGCCCCUUCCCGGGCAGGCGCCCAAGGCUGGCAUGUCCGCCCUCCGCCCGCAGGGUCUCUGGGCUCCGCGCGGGGUGUGGAGGGGCCUCUGGAGGGGGCGGGUUCGUUUGAGCCAGAAAGCCCGGAGCCGCCCAGGAAUUUUGGCUGGGACUGCGAGCAUUUCCUCCCGGGCGGACCGGCGCGAUCCCGGGGAGGGUGGCGGCGGGCAGACGGCACCAUGCGGCCCCUGCUCUGCGCGCUGGCCGGGCUCGCCCUGCUCCGCGCCGCGGGCGCCGACGCCGAUGCUCAUUCCUCCACCCCGAGACUCUGCAUAUUGUACAAUACUGAAAGUGUACAAGCCACGUUCCCAGUUACCCAGCAUCUCACCCAGGUCUUCGCCAGAGGCAGCGUGUGCUCAUCCUAGUGGUUCAGCUCCUGAACCUUUCAUCCCCUCCCGAGGAGACUCCACUCGAAGCACAGGGUGUGACACACACAUGGCUGUGCACGGCCGUUUAGACGUCAUAGAGGAGACGGUGGAGAAGACAGUGGAGCACCUGGAGGCGGAAGUGAAAGGCCUGCUGAGCCAGCUGGAGGAGCUGGCCUGGAACCUGCCCCCAGGGCCCUUCAGCCCGACCUCCGACCUCCUCGGAGAUGAUCAUUUUUGAGCACCGGAGCCUGAGUUGCCCAAUAUUGGGAAGUGACAAACCCGCUGAACACUCUCCUCUGAAACAGAGCCAUGCAUCCUGGCUAUCCUUCCUCAGCUUUGUGCAAAAUAAAAUCUACUCCUUUGGUCCCCUCUGUGUCUGCUAACAGAGUGACCCCCGAUAGCUGCAGCCCCCUCUCCAUCUAAUCCCAUGCCCUGAGGCCCACAACUCCCUGCAGCCUCAGACCUGGGAGCCCCCAGUCGGUCCGUUCUUCCUUGCCCUCCUUUACAGGGACGGACAGGGUAGGGUUGGUUCCCAGAGGUGAAGCACCUGAGACCCAGAAUCGGAGGUGACACAGUGGAAGGGCCCGUUGGUAGCCUUGCUACUCAAACGAGGCCACAGAUGAGCAGCAGUAGCCUCACCUGGGAACUUGUCAGAAAUGCGGAAUUUGGGGCCCCACCCAGACCUCCUGAAUCAGAAUCUUCAUUUUAAUGCCAUCCCCAGGGGAUGUGUCUGCACACUAAAGUUUUUAAAAUUUUUCUAUUGAGGUAAAAUUCACAUAGCACAAAAUUCAAGUUGUUAACCAUUUUAAACUACACAAUUUCAGUGGCUGCAGAGUAUUGUGCAAGCGUCACCACUCUCUAAUUCCAGAACAUUCUGUUCAUCCCAAAAGGAAACCCUGUACCUACUAAGCAUCACUUCCCAUUUCCCCUCCGACCACCCCUUGGAAACUAAUAUUUCUGUCUUUAUGGACUUAACCUAUUCUGGACAUUUCAUAUAAAUGGAAUCAUAGAAUA